GAGACUUUUCUUGCGCUCCUCACUUUUUCAGAAUGCCUAGCUAAGUCAAGCUAAGCCCAGCCUCCCUUUCCUCCGCAGGGGGAGCCGUCAUUUGGAGACUGGUUAAUGUUUGUAGGCAGAGUCGUGUGAGUUUAGUUUGACUUGAGGAUGUAAAGCCGAGCGCUGAAGUGUUGUUAAUCACUGGGGAUAAUUCCGAGUGACAAGUCGAUGUGUUGGGAAAACAGCUAGCGAAAAAAAAAUCAACAACAAAACAACGAAGGGGCAGGGCAGCUACACAGGCGCCGAGCUGGGCUUUCUGCCUGCCAUGUAUUCAUUUUCAGGCCCAACAAGCCUCCCUGAGUUUGACCUGGGACCCCCCAGCACGUCUGGACACCUGCAGAGAGCAACGAGGUCCAACAGCUGGGAGACUAGAUGCCUCAGGAAGCAUCGGAGGAGAAGUGAUGAUGAGGGAUGUAGUGCAAAGAGGAGGAGGUUAAUGUUUGAGGCAGAACUGGACAUUUCAGAGAACUCAAACACCAGCAAUCAGCACGACUGGCCUGCAGCAAACAGCUUCUCUCAUCCGUCUACACAGCAAACCAGCCCUGCUCUUCCACAGCCCGGUCCAGAACCUCAGAACGUCACUCUGUCUCAGCCCUCCACUUUGCCGCGGUCCGACUCUGCCGAGGCCCGACCUGAGACGGAGAAUUCCUGCAUGGAGGUAGAGGCUGCUCAGAGGAGACUUCGGGAGAUAGAAGACAGAAUAACACUGGAGGAUGACGAUGAGGAUGAAGACCUGGAUGUAGAGCCAGCCCCCAGACGGCCGAUGCUGGUGAUCUCCGACAGUCUGAAGGAGGGUCUGCAGCGCGGCAUCAGCGACAUCCUGCCGCACACUGUCGCCCAGUCUGUGAGCCAUUCCUGCAUGGAGUUGGUGUUGUGGCGGCCCCUCGAUGAUCCCUUUUGUCGAAAGCGAAAAGUCUCGUUACCAAAGCCGCGUAAACAACAGACAGUGACUCUGCAAACGCCAUGUCCGUCUCCCACCCCUCACUGCUCCCUGGGACCCUCCAGUCCACCCGCAGACACACACUCUCCUGUGUACAGCUUUCCUGUGGUCCACUCUGGAGAGGAGGAUAUGGAAAUGUAAACGUGCUCAGAGACUUGAAAAGACUAGAAGAAGACUCGGAAACACUUGAAGUUAGUCAGUUUGGCAUGUUGGUUUUUCAUAAACAUCGUUUGCUGUUUUGAAGGUGUUUGUAACAAAGAUUUAGCUUUACAGUCCCUCGGUUCGGUGUCUUGAGUUGAAUACAUGCAACUAUACCAAUAGCCAAUUUUAUAUACUUACAUCUCCAAGGUGACCAUAAUGAGGUGAAGUUCCUGUAACGUUCGGCAUUAAGCGUUGCCCUUACAAAUGAGGUAGUUUGUACAUAGUUUUGUAAAAGCCUGGCCAACAAACAGACUGAUGUGUUGUAAAUAUCGUUUGGUUAAACAUCAGGGUAAAGAAAAUUAAAUUUUGUACAGUUGUUAUGUUCGGCUUCGGAGCGCCAUUAACACAAAAACUUUGCCUCUCAGUGUUUAAAUAUGCUGGCAGUGUGACUUCCUGCUUGCAGUUGUACUUGAUGUGUUAGAAAAUCUUCCUGUAAAGCUUAGCAAGUACAUCAUCUGUGAGCCUUGAGGAAUUUGCCAAGAAGUCAAUGAAAAGCACCUUUUUUGUGAUUUGAUUGUAUUUUAAUAUUUACAUCGCCAGAAUGGGAAACUAGCCAUAGUGUUAUUACUUUUUUGGUUUUUAAUAAACUCUUACAUUGUCCCUGGAGGUUUGAGUUUAGCUAGAAUAAUCGUUUUGUUGAGCGAAGCUUGUCUUUUAAUCAUUACAUUCAGUACAUGAGAAAGAGCAAAGGUCCAAGGAUUGACCCCUGUGGAACACCACAAAUGAUAAACAUACAUUAGUGUAGAAAACAUCCAGAUGAGUCUUAGUUUAGUUACAGUUUUUAUUUGACACAAACAAUGAUUAACUGUCCUAUUUAAUUUUAAGGUUGAUUAAAGACAAUCAAUUGCCUUGA